CGACAGUAGGAGGCACAGAAAAACUUCCCGUAAUAGAAUGAUGGCGACGUGGGCCAGGUUAGGUACUAGUUUGCGCAGUAUUGCAAGAAAUGUGUCGUCUAACAGAAGUAUAUCGUAUGGCGGUGCUGUUGGAGUUGGUAUGCUGGGUUAUGUGUUAGCAAGCGGAUACAUUCGCUAUAAGUAUCAACCGCAAUGCAAGUUUAUGCCCCACGUCGUGUACGCGGACAACACCAAGUCCAAGGAAGCAGAGAUUCCAGUGCCCCCUGUGUCAACCAAACGUCUGCGAUUUUACCAGUUCGCUUCUAUGUUGUAUGAACAAGAGCCAUAUAUGACACCCAGAGACUUCCUCUAUUCAGUCUUGCUGGAAAAGAUGGACCGCAAACUACAGAAAAAGAUCCUGACCCAAGCAGAUGUGGAAGAGAUGGGGAAGGUGGCCUCGAAGGCUCAAGCCGGAAAUAACCUAUUCAGAGGCAUUGGAGACCAAGGGUUAAUUUCUUACACAGAAUACCUGUUUCUCCUUACUAUUCUUACAAAACCUGAUACAGGAUUUCAUAUUGCUUUCAAAAUGCUUGAUAUUGAUGGCAAUGAGCAUGUGGACAAGAAAGAGUUUCAGAAGCUCAAAAUAAUUAUUGGACCCAGGAAAGCAUUUGUAAAGAAGGAUGAGUCAGAGGUUUUAAACAAUGCUGAUGAGGUCAAUACCACACUACUGGUGAUGUUCUUUGGGGAAAAUGACGAUAAAAAACUCCAAUACAAGGAUUUCUGCAGUUUUAUGGAAGACUUGCAGGCAGAGGUACAAGAAAUGGAAUUCCUACAGUUUUCUAAGGGGAUGAAGACCAUGAGACGGGAGGACUUCGCUGAAUGGCUGCUUCAUUACACCAAUGAAGAAGACAAUGAGGCUUACUGGGAAAACCUAAGGAAGAGGAUUCCGACAGGACAGAGCAUCACCUUUGAUGAGUUUAAAGAAUUCUGUCUCUUUACCAACCAUCUGGAGGACUUUGCCUUCUCAAUCAAAAUGAUUAAUGAUGCCAACAAGCCAAUAGGAAUGGCUCAGUUUAAACGAGCAGUGAAGAUAGCAACAGGUCAUGAGCUGUCAGAGAAUGUUUUGGAUACAGUGUUUAAGAUCUUUGACCUGGAUGGGGACAACUGUCUGAGUCAUAAAGAGUUACUCAGUGUGAUGAAAGACAGAGUACUUCGUGGGCUAAGGGUUCUACCUCAGAAUGAUUUUUCUGGGUACUGGAAGUGUGUAAAAAGAGAGACACUACAAGGAGCUCAAGAGGCACUUCGGGAAGCUAGUAGCCCUGUCUGACAGAAAGAGUUCAUGAAAGGUCUGUCUGGGUUUAUAUUUGUAAUUCCAUAUUACUUUCAAGAGGAAUAUUACUCACAAUUAUUAACAAGCACCAAAGUUUGUUGUGUUUUGUAAAUUUUGAAAUGUAUAAAUUUUCUUAUAAUGUUAACAAUGUAUUGCUUUUAAAGCGAUUGUCCAAAAUUGUGAAUACAUUUCAUGUAACAUUAGUUUAUCUGAAUUUUUAUUAAGUUUUUGCCAAAUCUGUGUUUUUUUACAUUAGCCUUGAAUUACUUCGUGAAAUGAAAGUUGAGGCUGGCACACUCCAAAAGAUUUUAUUUAGCCUUUACUUUUCUUGGUGAUAUUGGUGUGGUGUUUACAACCUUUUUCACUAUUAUGAGCCUUUGCUGUUUAUAACUUCAUCCUGUGGAAAAUCUGCAUACAGUGAAUCAUGCAUUAUUCCAAAAUCCUAUAGCACUUUUAUACUACAUUCAAUGACCUUUGGAACCCUUUUAUGAACACGUAUACUACAAAAUAAUUUACUGAGGCAGCAUAAUUUAUAGGCUGAAAAUUGUUAAAGAGCAACUCUGUUGUCAUAAAGCUCAUUGAAAUGUAUUGUUCAGUUGUGCAACUGCAUUAGGGUUGACUGUGAAAUCGAGAUUUCUCCCUUCAAAUACUAAAUCUCGUUUUGUGUUAUUGUUGAGGUAAAUUGUAGCUCUUCUUUUUUGACUUGAUGUACAGGUAGCCUAUACAAUUUGUACUACAGGAUCACUGUAUUAAGAUGUGCCAUUUUAUACCACAAAAUGUCAUACUGUCUGGCAACUGCAAGUGUGCAUGAAUAAAAGACUUAAUGUCA